CUUUGGACCUGAAUGAUGGUCGCGUGUGCGCAUGUGCAGCACCCUGAUCGAUAUCUAGUGACGUCAGCGGGAGUCGGGCCUCAGUCAGCCAGUGUCGGCCACAGCGCGAACAUGUGGCUACAAUGCUUGGCUGCGACUGUGCUGAUCACCGCGACAGCCUCCCGCGAGGUAUUCACCAACUCGUUCCUCGUCAGGUUCAAGAGAUCCCUGCGCCACGACGAGGUCCACGAUGUGGCGUUGCGCCACGGCUUUGACAACCUUGGACCGGUAUUGGGCUCUGACACAGAAUGGCAUUUCGCGCACCGGGGGUUGCCUCACGCACGCCCACGUCGGUCCAUCGCACACGCACGCUUGCUCAAACAACAUCCACUUGUCCAUACGGCGGUACAGCAGACGGGGUUUAAGCGGGUGAAAAGAGGUUUCCGCCCGCUUCGCUUACCAGAAACGGCACCAGCAGCAGAGCCUCGAGAUCCAUACUUUCCUUUACAAUGGUACUUGAAGAAUACGGGGCAGAAUGGGGGCAAGCCUAAGCUUGACCUCAAUGUAGAGGCGGCGUGGUCACAGGGAUAUACCGGGGUGAAUGUGACCACUGCUAUUAUGGAUGACGGCGUGGACUACAUGCAUCCAGAUUUAAAGUACAAUUACAAUGCAGAGGCGUCGUAUGACUUUAGCAGUAACGAUCCAUUUCCUUACCCGAGAUACACCGAUGACUGGUUUAACAGUCACGGCACACGGUGUGCUGGUGAGGUGGCAGCGGCACGAGACAACGGCGUAUGCGGCGUUGGUGUUGCUUACCACUCCAAGGUCGCUGGUAUCAGAAUGUUGGACCAACCCUACAUGACAGACCUGAUCGAGGCGAACUCUAUGGGACACGAACCUCACAAGAUCCACAUCUAUAGCGCGUCAUGGGGCCCCACGGACGAUGGAAGGACAGUGGAUGGACCCAGGAAUGCUACCAUGAGAGCUAUAGUGAGGGGAGUUAAUGAGGGCCGCAACGGUCUCGGCAACAUUUAUGUAUGGGCCAGUGGCGACGGUGGUGAGGACGACGACUGCAACUGCGAUGGAUAUGCCGCUUCCAUGUGGACUGUCUCAAUCAACAGCGCAAUCAACGACGGUCAGAAUGCACAUUACGAUGAAUCCUGCUCGUCGACUCUUGCAAGCACGUUCAGUAACGGCGCUCGAGAUCCAAGUACAGGUGUUGCUACCACGGAUUUGUAUGGCAAAUGUACCGCGACGCAUUCUGGAACAUCGGCAGCUGCCCCUGAAGCAGCUGGAGUGUUUGCACUCGCGUUACAUGCCAACCCAAAUCUAACAUGGAGGGAUAUUCAACAUUUGACCGUGUUGACUUCGAAAAGAAAUUCUCUGUAUGACGCAAAGGGCCGUUUCCAUUGGACCAUGAACGGUGUGGGCCUAGAGUUCAACCAUCUGUUCGGCUUUGGGGUGCUGGAUGCAGGGGCCAUGACAGCUCUCGCCGCCAACUGGCGUUCGGUGCCUCCGCGGUAUCAUUGCGAAGCUGGCUCUGUCAAUACUCACACCGAGAUUCCGUCAGAAGGCAGUAUCGUUCUGAAGAUCGACACGGCGGCGUGUUCAGGGUCCCCGAGCGAGGUGCGCUACUUGGAACACGUGCAGGCGGUGGUUAGCGCCAACGCCACGCGCCGGGGUGACCUCGAGUUCUUCCUCACCAGCCCGAUGGGCACCAGAUCAAUGAUACUAAGCCGUCGGGCGAAUGAUGAUGACUCCAGAGACGGAUUUACCAAGUGGCCGUUCAUGACGACACAUACGUGGGGAGAGUACCCUCAGGGAACUUGGACAUUAGAGGCUCGGUUCAACGGCGGUUCUGGACCCAGCUCGUCAUCAGGCUGGAUCCGUGGGUGGUCAUUGGUGCUGCAUGGCACGCGAGCACCCCCAUAUGCUCAACUUCAACCCCAAGAUCCCCACUCCAAACUUGCCGUAGUCAAGAAGGCGCAUGAGGACAACGCCCUCACUCACUAAACUUCAAACCUUAAUGCACAGGAGAUACAGUUCAAUAUUGACUAUUCAUUAAAUUACAGUGCUUGAAUCUGUCUAACGUAAAGGGCUUAAUGCCUUCCUUUCCUGUGAAUACAUAUUUUGUUAGCCUCUAUCUGCGACCCGCGGUUUUGCCUGCGUCGAUUAGCAUAAAAAGUAUUCUGUGUUAAUCUAAGACGUGGAAUGGACCAUCCAUUUGUGUAUCUAAGAACAUCUUCAUAUAAUUGCUACAAUCCUUAUAAAUACAAUACAUUUUGUUUUUCUGUAAUUCCGUUGGGAUAAAAUAUUGUGAUUUUUCUAUUAGAAAUAUUGCUAUAAAAAUGAACUUUCUAUGGGAUAGGUUUAGUCCUCAGGAAUGGCAACGCGUGAGGGCCCAUGGUCGGCACAGUUUCUGUAAUAUUCAUAUACGUAAACGGCGGUUAUCGUUUUCUAUCAGCCCUGGUCCCUUAACCUGUUUGCCAUUCCCAACAACAAAAAUGUUAACAUUUAAAAUAUUGUCUAUAUUGAGCUGAAUCCCUUGUUUAUAGUUAAUGUACACUCACACGAAGUGACUUCCAUCAUUAUUUUUCAAGGGAAACACAAAUUGGGGACAUAGGUACUAACAUGUGUAUUCAAUAUCUAUAUUUUUUGAAAAAAUCUAAGUGAAAUCUCAUCCACUACUUUUGGCCAGUUUAGUUUACUUUAGAUCUUUGAAAUUCUGAUAACAAAUAUAUAUAUAUAUAUAUAUAUAUGUAUGUAUCAUCAACACGGAAUUCUUCAAUUAUUAUUACACCCAGCCAUUGAAGAAUUCCGUAAUAACAGAAAGAUAGUGGUGAUGAUGGUAGUGGCAUAAAACUGAUCAGAUGAUGAAGUGGAAAGUUUGAAAGGGUGUUUAAGUAUUUUUCUAACAUAUUUUAAUAUAACAGAAAUAGUGAAGUCUUGGCAAUAGCUAAUGAAGGGGAAUAUUUAGUCACUCCUAUGAAUGUACCUUAAAAGGUGGCGAGAUAGUUUAGUGGAUAUCGCCGUACCCGACAUUUGCAUACGUUUAAACCAGUGGCGACAUCUAUAACUGGUUUUGUGUAAAGUGGACCUAGAAAGAACUGAACGUGUCUGUGAAAUACUCUUAAUGCUGGUAAUUUGUGUUAUUAGUAUAACACUAUAAUAAGCAUUAGAAUGAUGCGACAAUUUGAUUUGGAUGGUUAAUUUUUAAAGAGCAUAGUCAAUGAUUUUCUAGGUUCAUUGUAAAAUAGAUGGCGUUAGGUAGUGCAGCGAGGCUUUCUUGAACAUUCUACGGUAUAAGGAUUACACAUUUCUUCCAUUUAAAAUUGUUUAUAUACUUACCUACAUAUAAUAGAGUUUCUAUAUUGGUAAUCGAGUUGGUUCUAUUUAAAACAAACAUUAGUAGGUCUAGGUUUAAUUUAAAAUAAAACAUUAAAUUGUACUAUCUUUUUUCAAAUCUGUAUCAAUUUAUGAAUUUUGUACUAUUCAGAUUUUUAUUUGCAUGGCUACUGCCAUACGUAUAUUUAUUAUAAAUCUUACGCUUUUCAAAGCUUUCUGUGCACUAUCUAGCGAGUGUAUGUACCUACCAAUCUCAUACAUAUUUAGAAUUAGAUAAGCAAUUUAUUUUGAAUAAUAAACUAUCUAUUUAGGUACCUAGUGUAUGUACCUCGCCAUAUAUUUAUAAUUUUAUUCACAGACAAAUUUGUUUUAAUUUUUCUGAAGUAUGUACUUAGGUACCUACUUAUUAUUUAUUAAUAUUUUUUUCGUUGAACUUGGGCAAAUCACAUUGAAUCACAUGUUAUCUUAAAUUAAUUUCAUGACAUUUCAUUUCUUAUUUAUCUAAACUAGUCUAAAUGUUCAAGUUCCGGGUACAGUCGAUAACAAAAGUGUUCACAAGUUUCGAGGAAAAAUAAAAGAAUAAUAUGUAUAUUGUGAACACGAAUGUAAUAAAUUUUUUAUUACUAUAACUCUAAGUGUGCAAGUGACGUCAAAAUAAUAUGGAGAAAGUAAAAAUCUAUAAUGAUGUACACGUUGAAUAAAAUAUUCUUUUUCCAUGGUAUUUUAAUGUAGGCGAGUUAUUGUCACAAUAGAAUGCAAUGCACUAUUUAGGUCAAUAGUUAUCUCUAUUCUUCUUUUAAUAACAGUAAUAAUAAUGUUAAAUAGUGUAUUGCAUGUGAUGGGUGUCAAAAGAAAUGGGGACUUAUAUUUUUAGAAACAUCUUUUAACAACAUUAUCCUUUUCAUUGUUUUGUGAACUUUUCCUAUUUUUAAAGAUCGCACAUUAUUAUUUUCUUAUGACAAUUAAUAGUGAAAUAUGGAUUACAAAUACUAAAAUUGUAUUGUUAACGAUGCACGUAUUUUCAUAGAGAAAUUAUUUAUUUAUCAAAUUUAUUACUGUUAUAAAUACGACAAGAUUUAGUUCAUUUUCUAUAUUAUAUAAUAUCGACCAUAGUUAGGGAACAUAUCAAUAUCAAAAUGUACCGAAGAUCAUAAAUUAAAAAAAUGUUUUAUACCCAUAACGUAAGAGAAUGAGUAAGAUUUAUUAUGAGUUCAUUACUUGCUUCGAUAAAAAAGUUGCAAGCAAUUAUAAUCUAAUUUUGUGAAGCAUUAUCUUCAUUUAUUAAUAAUUAUAAUAAUAUAAAAGAGAAUUGUUUAUGUACUAUUUUUUUACAACGUUCAUUAAAUUAUUCGUGUAUAUUUCGUCACUAUAUUUUCACUAUAAUUUAUAUACCUUUCUUAUAUUAUUGUUGUAUUUCAAAUGAACUUAUUUUAACCCAGCUAAAUGAAGUUCAUUUGAAAUAUUAUUUCGGUUUUAUAUAAUUAUAUGUGUCAUUUAGCUUAAUUAUGGAUAAAUGAUACAUAUAGUAAGACAUAUAAAGAGUAUAUUAGUAAAUUUGUGGUUAUUGAGUAAGAUAUAAUAAUGUAUUUAUAAACAGGAUUAAAGAACUUGUUUUUGGGCCCAGUAACAGUGAAUACAACUUAAUAUCAGGCUCUUUAUGUCUAUUUUCUUAAAAUAUAACUUUAUUAAACACAAAUUAAAUAUUACCAAGUGUUUUUAAUCAUAUAAAAUCCAAGUAUUGUAACAUUAUGUAAGAUCUUUAUAUUUAAUAGCGUAAUGGGCAUGAAAAGUAGGCUACAAAUAAAUAGGAUAAUCGUUAUAAGGGAAUGAAUUCAUAUAAAGAAAAAAAUAUAAAAUGUAUUAAUAUGAUAAUAGAAAAUAUAAUGUGAUUUGGUGUUGUAUUUGAAUUAAAUGACGUUUUUGUAA